GGCCAAUUGAUUUCUCAGUCAGAAAGGUUCCACAAAAUGAAACCCAUUUACUUCGUACUCUGCGUGUUUUCGCUGUGCCUUGUUUAUUUGGCCAGUGCCGAAAUAGGCGAAACUGGGGAGAUCGAGAGGUUCAAGAAGUACUCCGCAUCCUGCAAGGAAAUAAACCCCAAAAAGAGUGGUGUUCAAAAGAUCAAAGUGGGCAACGAUAUAAUCGAGGUGUAUUGUGAUUCGACCAUUGCUGGAAGAGGUUGGCUGGUAGUCCAGCGAAGAGUCAGUGUCGAGACGAACUUCUUCCGCAAUUGGACCUCCUAUGAGGCUGGUUUCGGUGACCUCAAGGGAAACUUCUUCAUCGGUCUAAACAAUCUGAACAAGAUUACGGCCCUCAACCCUCAGGAGCUGUACAUCCAAUUGGUGGACUUCAGUGGAGAGGAGCGCUAUUCCCACUACAACCUGUUUAACGUCGGCAAUGUGUACAGUAACUACUCGCUGACACAGCUUGGCCUCUACAGUGGAUCCGCCGGAGAUAGUCUGAAGUACCAUCUCAACCAGCCCUUCAGCACUUUUGAUAGGGAUCACGACAAUAGCACCACCAAUUGCGCCGCCAGGUUCAAGGGAGCUUGGUGGUACAAAGAUUGCCUUUCCAGCAAUCUGAAUGGUGCCUAUCUGGGUGGUAAUUACACCGAUCCCGAUCUCCUGGGCUCUGGAAUCACUUGGGGCGAGUGGAAGGGCUUCUCGUACAGCUACAAGACUGUUACCAUUAUGGUGCGCCCUAGAUAAACCUUAGGUCCAUAUAUAAACUUCAUCGAAAAUUGUGAGAUACUAUUUACAAUUUAUUAAAAGAUUAGCAAAAAAAAAUAAAAAUGGUUUUAUUUAUUUUUUAUUAAGCAGUAUUGAUCAAUGAAAUAAACCUCUCUUGUGUUUGAGUUUCAAUAGAGGAAGAAAUAUUUUAAAAUAAUUUGCUUACACUGUUCAAUGGACAAAAUUGUAUGUAUUUGUUGACCUGAGAUCAUCAAAUUGAUACUUGCAAUUUUGUUUCUUUAUGCUUAUAUAAAAUCAUUCAAAACCCAGAUUUUUAUAAGUACCAAAUCCAAGUUCAGCUCUUCAAAUAUUGUAUCUCACAAAUUAUUUAUUAAAAUAUAUGCAAAAAUUUAAUAAAGUUUUUAAUUAUUAGCAUGUAUCCCUAAAAAAAACCUUUUGUGUAAAGGUGUAAAUCUGAAAUUUUGAGGAAUAUUUAAAAAGAACUCCCGGCCUAUUCAAAAUCAUAUAUCAUAUAGUAAUAAGGGUGUAACUUUGAAACAUUAAUAAAUAUUUGAAAAGAAA